AGGCUCAAAGCAGCGCGCCGCCCCGGAGCCAUGGCGCUUGCCACGACGUAGCAGCGCCACUGUGCCGAGAUGUCGGAGGGCGAAUCGCCGGCGAACGGCCACUACCAUGGUGCCGGUGACUUUGAGAAUAGCUCAGAGUCUGAGGGUGGAGGCGAUACGGCGCGUGCCGAUGAGUUUGAGUCAGAUUCAGAGGCCUCGCCAAGUUCCCCAACGCGCACGGCAGAGGUGAUGUCCCGAAGUGGAAGCGGCCAAAGCCCGCGCUCGGAGGUGACUCGCGCUGCGAGCGAUGGCCGGACUCUGACUGCACCGGCUACUGGUGCCAGCGACAAGGUUGGCAUCGCCACAAGCGGAGAGGGUAGCUACAGCGACGAUGAGUUCGCAAGGGAUGAUGAAGAGGAGGGCGAGUAUGGUGAGAACGACUGGGAAGAUGAGUCUGCUGCCUCCCCACGCAAGACCGAGCCAGAGAAAGAGACGGAUGUGUUGAAUGUUUCUGUGCGGGGCCUAGACAGCCUUGCAUUGGGCGGGAGCAUGGACUUGAGUUUUGCAUUGCAGGAAGAGGAGCUCCAGGAGCCAGCCAAUGCAGCCGCCACUGGGGAGCCAGUGGGAGCAGCUGCCAAACCAGUGGAAACACUGGAGGAACCUGCCGAUCGACCGGCGGAAUCCGAGGUGGCUGACUUCGUCCGCAGCUACGUUCACGAUUUGAGUCAACAAGCUUCAGAGCAGGUUGGCAGGCAAGAGCCAGAAGCAUCGCAGGCUGAAGAGGAGGCUGACGAGAUCGCCGCCAUAAUAGCUGCAGCCCGCGCAGCCGUGGACCGCCCUGCUGCGGCCACCACGAGCACCUGGCACUGGGACGAGCCCUCCAGAGAGGUGGAGGCAGCGGCGUCCACUGCGGGCCGGGAUGCUGUGGAGUUUGGGCCAGUGGGAACUCCUCCACCAGAUGAUGCUCCGCUUGGCUGGGUUCGAGAUGCUGCAGUCCAGUGUGGCACCAGCGGCAGCCCGUCGCCAGGGGAGGCACAGCGGCAAAGCAGUCUUCCUGCCUUCAGUGCAGCCCGCGAGGCGUUUUUUGUGGAUGAGGUGGCGCUCGAGACGAAAGCAGUGCAAGCGGAAGUGGUCGUUCGAGAAGGUGCUGCACCGGCUCGCGAGCUGCUACGGAACAGCCUCUCUGCCACCCGUUUGGAAACCGUAGAUGAGGGCGAGCGCGAGGAAACCCCGCCGACGCCCAGCGCAAAUCCGGAGGAGGCUGAGGACCAUCGGCCGUCCCAGGCGCCAGUGCAGGCGUCUGCAAGCCCUUUGGCCCACAAGCAAGAGAGGGGCCUUGCUGCGCAAUUGACUGGCCAGCGAGCCCUGGGCCAGGCGCAAAGUCGGCCAUCCGAAAGAAAAGCACAGUCACGGUCACCUCCUCCACGAUCCCUCUCGCCAGUGCAGCCGGUGAGGCCGCUGCUCCCUGAGGAGCAAGAGGCACUCUAUAGUGGACUGAGCCAAGCGCCAUCGGGCCCAUUGGCCUUCAGUCGUUGCCUGCAGGGCAGACGUCCAACGCCGCCUGGAUCGCCAGAUCCGUCAUGGUCUGAUUCGGAAGGGCUCGCCGCCAUUCCUGCAGGACAUUUGCAUCGUAUUUGUGACCCUUUCGCCAAAAGAGCCCGGCCUGGGAUGGGGCAAUAUCGAGCAACGACGCCGCGCAUGGUCCUCGCAAUGCAUUCAUUCAGCCGGGAGCAUGUGCGGAGGAUCAAGCCGCUGCCCAGGGGGUUGGAAUCGCGGCCACCUGAGGCUUCGCUCCCCGACGUGCGCACGGAGGUGCACUCGGUGAUGGCGAAACGCAGGGAUUGGCUGCUGGCGGACACCUUGCAAAUCCAGUACCCUGCGAGAGGGCCAGAUUUCAUGGCAAAGCGCAGCGUUGCGGCGGGUGCGGUGUAUUACGCAAAACCAAGCCAUUCUUGUUUGCAGAGUCUUGGGGGCGGUGGCAACUUCCCCAGCGGCAGGAGGUGAUCCCGCGAAGCGGAGAAGCUGGUUGCCUGAAGGUUGCAGCUUUACCCUUGCCUGAUAAAUGGCUGGUGUGGCGCUUGAAAGCAGAGCGUCCUGCGGAUGAG